AUGACUCGAAGCCCGGAGGGACUUCCCGUCGACGCCAUCCCCCACAGGCCGAGUUGUUGCGGCUCGACACCCAUGGCGGAUCGUCUCCACGAAGUGCCUUGUAGCGACCUGGAGGGGAAUGCCAAGCACAUCGAAAAGUGCCAUAAUAACACAAAAUUAGAGAACGGUGAAGAUGCGGCGGAUCCCAAGAGGGACCGCCGCGAUCAGACGGACGCGAAGGUGCCGAACCGCAAGGACGGGAAGUCGUCGUCGGACGACGAGAAGAGAGCGGAGUCGCUGACGUUAGUGAACGGGCAGAUCCACGAGGACCCCCCCGACGACUUCCUGCCGUCUCGCAUCGCGGAAAAGGGCUCGGAAGAGGCGGACGUCUCCGAUGCGAAAUCGGACGAAUCGGACAAGAAUCAGAACGACGACGACGACGACGCCAAGAAGGACAAGAAGGACGACAAAUGCCAAGAGGUCGUUCUCGUGCAAGACACGGGGUUCACGGUCAAGAUCGUGCCGCCUGGCAUCGAUUCAUUCGACAUUCAGGUGAGCAGUGCCGAGCUGGUUCAGGAAAUCCACCAGCUGCUGAUGGACCGGGAGGACACGUGCCACCGCACCUGCUUCUCCCUGCAGCUCGACGGACAGACGCUGGACAACUUUGCCGAGCUGAAGAACAUCGAGGGCCUCAAGGAAGGCUCAGUCAUCAAGGUCAAGACUCUAAAGCUUGUCGUGGAAGAGCCGUAUACCGUACGAGAGGCACGCAUCCACGUCCGCCAGGUCCGGGACCUCCUCAAAUCUCUGGAUCCGAGCGACGCCCACAACGGAGUCGACUGUGCAUCGCUCUCCUUCCUCAGUGCCAUUACUCAGGGUGAUAUUAUGGUUGUAGAAUCUUGGGGUUUGGAAGAUAGGCUGCAUUUGAUAUUUUCCACCUCAGAAAAGAAACGAAACCGCACCGACACCGUGGACUACACUCCUCCCGACUACAUCUUACCUGGGACGAAGGAGCCUCCCAUUCUUCCCCUGCAGCCGUUCGGCAAGGACGCAAGGGGACCCUCGUGCCUGAAGGUGCUCACCACGUCUGGCUGGAACCCGCCUCCCGGGCCUCGAAAGAUGCACGGCGAUCUCCUGUACCUCCAUGUUGUGACCCUGGAGGGCAAACACUUCCACAUCACGGCCUCCACGCGCGGAUUCUACGUCAACCAGUUCGUGCCGAGCUCGUUCGACCGUCACGGGGUUCCGUGCCCGAUUCACAUGUCGACGGAGGAAGAGUUCAACCCGAAGCCGGCUUCACCGCAUCACCUGUGCCAUUCCCUGAUCGAGCUUUUGAGCCAGAUCAGCCCAGGCUUCAAGAGGAACUUCCAGAUCCUGCAGAAGAAGCGGACCCAGAGGCACCCGUUCGAGCGGGUUGCCACCCCGUAUCAGGUGUACACCUGGGUGGCCCCCCACGGCGAGCACACGAUCGACUCGAUCCGGGCCGAGGACGCCUUCUCGUCCAAGCUGGGCUACGAAGAGCACAUCCCGGGCCAGACGCGGGACUGGAACGAGGAGCUGCAGACGACGCGGGAGCUGUCGCGCAAGAACCUCCCCGACAGAUUGCUCCGGGAGAGGGCCAUCUUCAAGGUCCACAGCGACUUCGUGAGCGCCGCGACCCGCGGGGCGACGGCCGUGAUCGACGGGAACGUGAUGGCCAUCAACCCCGGUGAGGACCCCAAGAUGCACAUGUUCAUCUGGAACAACAUCUUCUUCUCCCUUGGCUUCGACGUGCGUGACCACUACAAAGAGCUGGGUGGGGACGCAGCUGCAUUUGUCGCUCCGGCCCGUGUCUAUCGGGAUGCUUUAUUUCCGCAUCGUCUCGCUCGCAUCAGUCGACAUUGGUGUCGGCCGCUCUUCAUCCUUUCCGAUUUUUCUUCUCGGGUGCAGAGGAACGACCUGCAGGGUGUGAAGGUCUACAGUGCAGUGGACCUGGAGGGGCUGUACACGCUGGGCACGGUGGUGGUGGACUACCGCGGGUACCGCGUCACGGCCCAGUCCAUCAUCCCGGGGAUCCUCGAGCGGGAGCAGGAGCAGAGCGUCGUCUACGGCUCCAUCGACUUCGGCAAGACUGUGGUCACCCAGGAGAAGUACAUGGACCUCGUGAGUCUCGUCGUUCUCCCUCGGCAGACGUCGGCCCGAAACCUGAAGAGGGCAGGGCAGCAGCUGAAGAUCCUCCCGCACACGGUCGUCAACGACCGGAACGAGGAGAUCGAGCUGUGCUCCUCGGUCGAGUGCAAGGGGAUCGUCGGGAACGACGGGCGCUACUACAUCCUGGACCUCCUCCGCACGUUCCCACCAGACGUCAACUUCCUCAAGGGUCGGUCCUCCGGUCGCAGUCGAUGCGCGUGCUCGGAUCCGCCUUGCGAUCGAUUGCGGCGAUCCUCUGUGCCGUUUUACGAUGAACCAUGUUGCUGGGAAUCGGCUAAGCUUUCGUAUCUUUCCUCGCGUGGCUGCAAAAUCGCGUUCGUGGGAAACUGCUGUUUUGUGUUGGAUCCGCUCCACUGCCGAGUGUUAAAGCGGAAACUCGCGGAUCAGUCGAUGGGAGGGAGGGGGAGAUGCAGCGCGACCGAAACCUCAGAGCGUGCGAGAUUGACCCGGGAUGCAUCUGCAGGUGGGCUGGAGGGAGAGGAGCUGAGCAAGGAAGCGCACGUGCUGGGGUUCCCUGCGGAGCACCGGCACAAGCUGGCGUGCCUGCGACAGGAGCUCAUCGACGCCUUCGUCGAGUCCCGCUACAUGACGUUCAUCAAGUACGCGGCCUACCACCUGCAGCAGCUGGGCCUGAAGCGGCAGCAGCGAUCCUCGCAGGAGAGGGAGCUCAAGCGACUCCAGGAGAGGGAGGAGGACGGGAAGGCCGGCGAGGAGGCGUCAGCCGACGGGGACGACCCCGACAAGGACAAGGAGAUGGAGACGGCCGAGGCGAAGAAGAUCGUCGAGAGCAUCACCGACGGGGUCCCGGGAGAAACGAAGGAAAGUGAGUGGACGAGCGGGGGAUGGUCGAGCGGUACGAGUAGAGGAAUGGAUGCACCUGUGCAUGAAGUGUGGGAACGUGACGGGCUAGUGGUUCAAAGUGAGGCUGGAAGGAAAAGGUCUGAGGAGGUGGAAGUAGAGAGCAGGAGGCUCUUGGUACAGAUGGGUUCUCAUCUUUCAAGGGCGGCGUGUCAGGGUAGGCACGUUAGGUUAAGUCCAUACCAAAAAAAGGGGGAGCAGGACAGUCCAAGUGGAAAGGCUGGGAGAAAGCCGCCGGCGCCUGGUCUUGAGCUUCCCCGCCCUCGCGAAACGGAAGUCUCCCAUGCAGCUCUGGGUGCGAGCCACCAGGUGGUACGACACCGCCACCUUGAGGCUCUUGGCCCCAUAGUACUGGAUGUUGAGGGCGAGGGCCUUCUCCAGGAACCGCAGGGACAGCUCGUACUCCCCGACAGCGUGCAGGAUCAGCCCGAUGUUGCUCUGACGGAGACAAAGCGAAACAGAAAACCGACUCACAUCGAGAAGGGCCACCUCGGGAUGGUUCUCGCCGUGAACGAGCAGAGCCAGGUACCGAGCCCGGUAAAGGAGACGCAGCGACGUGCUCACCUGACUGUUCGCGAAUGCGUACAGCGCCAGGUGCGUCUGGACGAGCAAGAGACAGGGUCAGCCACGAAACCGUGUGGACGCCUCGAACGACGCCACGGAACGCCGACUCACGUAUUCGGUGAUGGUGUACGGAUGGUCGAUCCCGUUGACGCGCUCCGACAUGAGGACGGCCCUCUGCUGUGCAACACGUCCCCGAUCCGCGCGGGCAACCCGACGACCGCCUCGCCCCCGAUGCCCCGCCUCACCCGGAUGCAUGGCACCGUAGACGUUGUUGAGGAGGUUGAGCGCCUCGCUGAUGAGCUCAUAGCCCUCCUUGAGGAAGCCCUGCUGGAUCUUGGACUGGCCGUGCCUUGCUUUUGGUGCUUCUUACUGCUGAGCCGAGGCAGCCGGAAGCGGCGCCGGCGCGGGGCCGCCGGGAGUGGGGGUCGCCAUCCCAGCUUUCCGUCGCCGGACUCCCUCGACUGGGUGCACCUGACGCCGAAGGCCCUGUGGGGCCAGAUCAGGGAGGAGCUGGAGGCGUACUACCACUGGGACCUCCCGACGGACUCGAUCGAUGCCACCGUCGAGAAGGCGCUGUGCAUCAAGGUGGGGAUCCAGAUCCUCCUGCGGGAGUACAGCCUGGACGGGAAGUCGCGACAGGCGUUCUUCGAGGAGGACAUCCUCAACGUCUUCCCGGUCGUGAAGCACAUCAAUCCCCGGGCCUCUGACGCGUACAACUUCUACACCACCGGCCAGUCCAAGAUCCAGCAGGGCUUCCUCAAGGAGGGCUAUGAGCUCAUCAGCGAGGCGCUCAACCUCCUCAACAACGUCUACGGUGCCAUGCAUCCGGAGAUCGCACAGUGUCUGCGAAUGUUGGCCCGCCUCAACUACAUCAUGGGAGAACACAUGGAGGCGCUGUCAUACCAGCAGAGGGCCGUCCUCAUGUCGGAGCGCGUCAACGGGAUCGACCAUCCGUACACCAUCACCGAAUACACGCACCUGGCGCUGUACGCAUUCGCGAACAGUCAGGUGAGCACGUCGCUGCGUCUCCUUUACCGGGCUCGGUACCUGGCUCUGCUCGUUCACGGCGAGAACCAUCCCGAGGUGGCCCUUCUCGAUAGCAACAUCGGGCUGAUCCUGCACGCUGUCGGGGAGUACGAGCUGUCCCUGCGGUUCCUGGAGAAGGCCCUCGCCCUCAACAUCCAGUACUAUGGGGCCAAGAGCCUCAAGGUGGCGGUGUCGUACCACCUGGUGGCUCGCACCCAGAGCUGCAUGGGAGACUUCCGUUCUGCCCUCCAGAACGAGAAGGAGACCUUUGCCAUCUACAAGCAUCAGGCAAGCAUUUUGGGCGAGGAUCACGAGAAGACGAAGGAGUCGAGCGAGUGCCUGCGUUACCUCACACAGCAGGCGGUGGUGCUUCAGAAGAAGAUGAACGAGAUCUACACGGGUCAGCGGACGAGGAGCGGAGGUGGAAACAGCGGAGCGAGCGCCAGCGGGAGCGGUGCGACUGCCAACACGGGGGGGAACGUCAGUCCCUCCCUCUCCCCGAUCCAGAUCCGACCCCCGACCAUGGCCUCGGUCCUGGACAUGCUCAACAUCAUCAAUGGCAUCCUCUUUGUCCAGAUCAGUCAACAAGAUAUUGAGAACUUCAAGGCAGAGUGCGAGAAGCGCCAGAAGGAGAAGGACAAAGAUGCCAACGCCAACUCCGAGCAGGACAAGGAUGCGGAGACGGAGAAGGACGAGGAGAAGCUGGGCGACGCCUGUCCCCCUGAGCUGGGGGAGACGUGCGCGCCGCCGGCGGAGCCGUGUCCGCCGACGCAGCCGGAGGAGGCCAGGUGAAGCGUUCGGAAAGGAACCGACCGACUUCAAGCAGCUCCGACCAAUCGGGUAGUCAUUGCCUCGUAGGCCCGUAGUGUCUUUUUUCUUCUUUUGUUUCGUUUUUUUUUCUACCUGUAUUUUUGUAGCUUUGGAGUCGUAGGAUCUCAGGUGGGAUGGACUCCCGAGUGCACAUGGGUAGUUUGGUGGUAGUCAUGUGAAGGGAAAAAAAAGUAUUAGAAUUACACUUAGUGCAAUAUUCCCCUAGCUUCCCAUCCUCUGGCAUUCGUGAUGGGCGAACGUUUGCUUCGUCAGGUCCGUAGAGUGUGAUGGAAGUUCAUUGCUGGUGAUUGUGAAUCUCUUGUGUGCUAUCCAGUGGCAGCACUGCCAUGUUUUUUUGAGCUAAAGAAGCCAUUUCGUUUUUGUAGGAGAGAUUUUUUGCUACACGAUCAAAAUUCUUCUUGAGGCGUUCGGACCCAGCCAUCAGACCAAAUAUUUUUUUGCUUGUUUUUUGCAUUAGUUGAAUACUCAUUCAAGUCACUUUUGAUAUUAGUUUUUCAUAUUGUAAUCAUCGAUGAUUUUUCGUGAUUGUGUGUGGAGUUUUUGAUCAUGGUUUUAUGAUUGUGUUGGCCAUCAUAAGAUUGUGCAACAGUGAGAUUUUUCUCAUCAAGGACAGUUUGCAAAGCAGAAAUGUGCCAUUUUCGAAUUUGUUGUUUGAUGGAGUUCUCCGAAGGAAAGGGCAUUGAUUUUUUUUCAUCUCAGGAUUUUGUUGAGUUGUUGUUUAGAGUGGCAUGUUGCCAUUACGGAACGCACUGAAGGGUGCAGUGCCAACGAGUCUUGUCGUAGCUUACUGCACGAGCUUCCGGCAUCGGUCGAACCGCCGAUCGCGAAACGUUGCUCACGAUAUUAUCGGGAACUUUUGUGCAAUGUCAACCUGUGUCGCUCAGAUGUCUAGUCAGUCGUAGUUGCUCCAAGAACUUUUCUUGCAAUCGUUCUCUGCGAUGGCUGGGCCCGAACGUCCAGAUGGCCUUCCAUGACACUCGACAGGUGCAAUAUAGGACCUCCGUCAUAUCAGCGAACCUCGACGUAGGGGGGAGCGAGGGGAGGUAGGGAAGACGUUUAGUCGAGGACGGCGAGUUCCCGGCCGGCGUUUUUUAGUCCGCGAUGGAGCCGACCGGGACGACCCCGCGUUGCAAUAAAGGCUUCCUCUCGUGUUCGCACGGGUCUCUCAUUUUCUCCAUGAUGUGAGUCGCCCCUGUUCAAAGAAUAAAGCAGUGAUGUAGACCCUGUGUCUUCUUGUCUGUGGGUGAUGUCGCCCUGCACGAUCGACACCAUAUGUAACAACGCAUUUUCAAAGGGAAUUUUUCUGCUGAACUGUGUCAAGGGCAGUGCUUCCCCCGGCGUGGUUUCCAGGC